AUGGUUAACCCUACCGUCCUUGUCACUACGAUCCUUGCUACCGCCGCACAUGCGUGGACAUGGGGUAAAUGUACCGGAACCCAACAGUGCACACCGGCUCACGCAGCUGGACCUUACUCUCCCAACUACGCCGACCUCCAGCGUGCCGACAAUGGUUACUGGUACUCCCAACAGACCGACGGUGUCAUUAUCGACCCUAAUGGAUGGUAUGACCCUGCAAACGGGUUUUGGGUGCUCAGUGUGUGGAAUGGCCCUGCGACCCAGAGCUAUUGGUCAUCGCCUGAUCAAAAGCCCUGCUGCCUCCCCAACGAGGUUGGCACUGGAAUCACCGGGGCCUCAGUUACAGGUUCGGCCGCUUGAAGACGCAACUACAUUCUACAGUACCGAACCAGUAGUCUGAAUUCACCGCUGCCUACAUUCUCACCACAUCAGAUGCAAAGUAUCUUCAGACCUGCAAGCCAGCACUGUGGCUACCACCUUGUAUCCAAGAUGAAAUAGAUCCUACUACUCUUCCGCCUAGUAUCUAGAACAGGGCUA